AUGACAGGCUAUGAACUUAAUUACUCGCUAGUAGAAAAUGUGUGUUGGGCCCUAACUUGGGUCACCAAGAGGCUAAGGCAUUACAUGCAAGCCCACACAGUCAAGUUAGUAUCAAGACUUGAUCCAAUUUGUCAUUUAUUCCAGAAAACGCAUUUUUCUCCGAGAUUAGCUAAGUGGAUGAUGAUAAUACCAGAGUACGACAUCGUGUACACAGUUCAGAAAUCUAUCAAGGGGAGCGUUGUAGCAGAUUUCCUCGCAGACCAACCAAUCGGAGUUGAAGACGACGAGGAUUUAGCAUUCCCAAACGAUGAAGUGAUGACUAUCAACCCUACAACCUGGAGGCUACUAUUCGAUGGAGCUUCAGGCAAACAAGGCUAUGGCAUCGGAAUACUACUCAUCGAUCAUGUGGGGACAUAUAACCCAAUCUUAGUCAAGCUCGAAUAUCAAGUGACGAACGAUGAGGAAGAGUAUGAAGAAUGCAUCUUUGGCUUGAAGAUUGCUCACGAAAAAGGAGCGAGACGUCUAGAAGUAGUAAGAGACUCAAACUUAGUCAUUUCACAAGCUAAUGGUGAAUGGCCAGUCAAAAGAGAGAACCUCAAACCCUACCAUCAACACUUAUUGACUUUAAUGACUAAGUUUGAACAUGUGACAUUCACACAUGCUUCGAGAAGUUAG